CAUUUUUCUCGGGUCGGGUCAGCAACAUCACAUCCAAUGAUAAUCCGCCAAGUGUCCUCCUCCCCCCUCCUCCGCUCCGGCGCAUUUUUUACGCCGCGGAAUUCAACAAACAAACUCGAAGGAAAUUCUAAAAUGCGCCUCCCCAAUCACAUCACCCACCUAAUCUGCGCAAACUAGCGUGGCUGUAUAUAUAUAUUUGUAUAUAUAAAUAUAUAGUUAUAGUUAAAUCACCCGGCGAUUGUCGUCAGUUUUCACUCGUUUUUGUUUCGAAGCGAAGCUUUCACACUUGACUUCCAAUUUCAGGAAAUUAGGGAAAUUUGAAUCGAUGUUGGUUCGGCUGUUGUUUCUGUCAUCUGUUCUCUUGAUCUGCGUAGGGAGUGCGAAUGCCGGUAAGACUAGUGGCUUUACUCGUAAUGAGUGGCCGUCGAUUGAUAUUCCAUUAGACAAUGAAGUAUUUGCAGUUCCUAAAGGUUACAAUGCUCCACAGCAAGUGCACAUCACACAAGGUGACUAUGAUGGGAAAGCCGUUAUAAUCUCAUGGGUAACCCCUGAUGAACCUGGCUCCAACAAAGUUCAGUAUGGCCUAUCAGAAGGAAAAUACGAUUUUACUGCAGAGGGGACGGUGCAGAACUACACCUUUUACGACUAUAAAUCUGGAUAUAUUCAUCAGUGUCUAGUUGAUGGUCUACAGUAUGACACAAAGUAUUACUACGAGAUUGGGAAUGGUGAUUCGUCUAGAAAGUUUUGGUUUCAAACACCUCCGAAAAUUGAUCCAGAGGCUUCUUACAAAUUUGGAAUAAUUGGUGAUCUUGGCCAGACAUAUAAUUCUCUUUCGACUCUUGAGCAUUCUAUGCAGACUGGUACACAAGCCAUCUUAUUUGUCGGAGAUCUUUCCUACGCUGAUAGAUAUGAAAACCAUGAUGUUGGUGUCCGUUGGGAUUCAUGGGGUCGUUUUGUUGAACGGAGUGCAGCAUAUCAGCCAUGGAUCUGGUCAGCUGGAAAUCAUGAAAUAGAGUAUUUUCCACAAAUGCGGGAGGUUAUACCUUUCAGAAAUUAUCUUCACAGAUAUCCUACACCUUAUCCUGCUAGCGAAAGCAGUAGUCCUCUGUGGUAUGCCGUGAGACGGGCCUCUGCCCAUAUCAUUGUCCUGUCAAGCUACUCUCCAUUUGUAAAAUAUACACCUCAGUGGAAGUGGCUUCGACAAGAAUUAAAAAAGGUUGACCGACAGAAGACUCCUUGGCUUAUUGUUCUGAUGCAUGCACCAAUCUACAAUAGCAAUGAAGCCCAUUUCUUUGAGGGGGAAAGCAUGAGAGUAGUUUACGAGAGCUGGUUCUGUCAAUAUAAAGUUGAUGUUAUCUUUGCUGGUCACGUGCAUGCUUACGAAAGAUCGUAUCGAAUCUCAAGUUUAAGACAAAAUGGUUCUUCCUAUCCGGUACCAGACAAAUCAGCUCCUGUUUACAUAACAGUUGGGGAUGGAGGAAACCAAGAAGGUCUUGCUAAAAAAUUUAGAGAUCCCCAACCAGAUUAUUCUGCUUUUCGAGAAGCCAGUUACGGACAUUCUACAUUAGAAGUGAAGAAUAAAACACAUGCCAUUUACCAUUGGAAUCGAAAUGAUGAUGGGAAGAGAGUACAGACCGAUACAUUCGUGCUACACAACCAGUACUGGGGUAACAGUCGUAGAAGAAGGAAACUGAAGAAAAAAGUUCUCGAUUAUGCCAUUGCCAAUUUGUAAAGCAGACAAAUUUGUUCGAUCUUCGCUAAGAGACAACACCGCAAUUUGGCAGAGAGCUAAUUUCUUGAGAUGAGGAAAUCAGAGCAGCCUAAUAGAAGGUAUCGUGUUGAUCUAAACGGCAUUUUCCUGAUCCGUGUAAGAUAAAUUUAAUUUCUAUUACAGCUUUUGUUCAAUCAAUAUAAGAUCAUUUAAUCAAAAAUCACAUUUAUGUUGAUUUUUGGUGAACCGAUUACUGUAAAUAAAGAGUACGAGUAUCGAAGAAAGUUUGUGAAAAUAGCAGCACCCAAAUGAAAUGA